AUCCAACCGCAGUGAACCCUCGUGCGGAGGAUACUUGAUACUGCGCUUUGCAGGCUUCUAUAGCAGCAGUGUGAUGCAUAGCCUAGGUGUGAUGUACAGCUGAUGCACAGGCUUGAAAAUAACGCAGCUGAGUUUGUGUCUAUUUGUAAUGGUUUUUCUACUUUUCUCUUAUCUUGAAUUCGCUUUUGACGCUCCGUGUCUAGGAAAUUUGUUCGCGACUGAAUUACCGUUUCCAAGAGUGGAUGCUGGAUAAAUGUGUUGGAGCAUUUGUAGGAUUUCUAAAUUCUGAAAGAAAUGCAGGUCUGGUAAACCCAGUGUCCAUUUGAGAUGUCCGAAAUCCAUAAUAACCAUAAUUAUAAUCAAAGUCGACCCAGCAUCACACGUGGCAGUGAUUAUGUGUGGCAGUAUGAAUAUUAUGACGAUGACGAGCCCGUGUCUUUCGAGGGUCUCAAGGCUCAUCGAUACUCCAUCGUCAUCGGCUUCUGGGUGGGACUAGCCGUGUUCGUCGUCUUCAUGUUCUUCGUCCUCACCCUGCUGACCAAGACAGGAGCCCCGCACCAAGAAAACCCGGAGCUGUGCGAGAAGCGCCACCGGCUGGGGAACUGCGUCGUGGACAUCCGCUGCCCCCAGGGGGACUCCCUGGCCGACGAGGACAAGGCCUUCUCGCGCCCCCUUCUGGACGAAUCACGCUCCUUCUUCUACAUCAGCAAGGAGAAGCAGGGGAGAGGGGGAGCAGGGGGUGGAUGUGGGCCGCAUAGGGUCCGCGGGAGGCUGGGCGGACGCAGCUCCUUCGGGUUGGAGGAGAUGGGGGAGGCGGGGGAAGCCAGCGAGCGGGGAGACGGCGGUAUCGACCUCCAGGGACUUCCGGAGGAGGGAAAGUCAGAGAGGGAACACAGCUUCCUGUCGCACCACUUCGACAUUCCCAACUUUGUGAACUCGGAGCACAGCUCAAUGAUGGGAGAGGAUGAUCUGCUGCUCUGUGAGCCGCCCGUCCUCCUGGACAGCCAAUCGUGCGGUCAGGAUGGCCACCACGUCAUCAGCUGAGGCCCCGCUCCCUCCACAUACAUCAGUGACAUCAUUAUUGGAGAUAUGUUACCAUAGCAAUACUUGAGUUCCAAAUGGCCUCUGCUCAUUUCUUUUAUAGGAGUGUGGACUAACAGGUACUGUAAAGUUACACUGACCUCACCCAUGACUACCAGGGUUGUGUUCAUUAGGGCAUGCAACCGAAAACAUUUUGCAACAUAAAAACAAACAUUUGUGUUUCUUAUUGGACAAUUCCAGUUAGUCCCGCCCUGUUUUAGUCCGUUUUCCUGUGUUUGGGACCUCAUGAACAUGACCUAGCUCUUUUCCAUCUGGCUAUUGGCAGAAAAUACUCUUUACAAACCACCAUCAGCCCCUGGUGAACCUUACUUGUUAGCUUGUACUAAUAGGUUGACACAGGGUGACAAUGUUUUUUGCAAGGGAGAAUAUUCUCAAGUGGAAACUUCAGCGACUUUUUUAACUUGACCUUUAUUUAACCUUUAUUUAACUAGACAAGUCAGUUAAGAACAAAUUCUUAUUUUCAAUGACGGCCUAGGAACAAUGGGUUAACUGCCUUGUUCAGGGGCAGAAUGACAGAUUUUUACCUUGUCGGCUUGGGGAUUCGAUCUAGCAACCUUCCGGUUACUAGUUCAAUGCUCUAACCAUCACAAACCAUUACUUUAUCUUAAUGGCUAACUCAUGAAUUCAUUUUAUAAGUAUGGGCUGGAUGACACUACACAGGAGAGAUGAGAUGCCUCUUUAUGAGAAACCAUCUCAUAAAGAUUGAAUUAAAAAGCAGAGAGGGGGUUGGAGAAGAGCGAGAGACUGUGUGGAAUAUAUAUUGAUGAACACUAGUCUUCCGUUGCCCUUGUCGUAUCUCGACUGAGACAUUUUCCAGACAGAAACAUCAUCAGACACUAAAGAAGCAGGUUCUAAAUAUAUAAAUGCAUGUAUAAAUACUGUUAAUGUAUAGAUGAUAAUACAAGUAAUAUAAACCAUCAGACAUGAGUCUCUGAGUUUUUUUUGUUUACAGGUAUAUUACACUAGCAUAGCAUAAACAGCUAAUUAAAGUCUUAGGCCAGCUUCAGAACCUGCAGAUGCAUCUAAUCUAAGCUUUCUUUGCUUUAAUUCAUCUUUAUGAAAGAACAAACCUUUCAUAAUACAAACACAUUAGUCAAUAACAAGAUGACAAAAGAGGUACAAGGAGAUUGUCUCAUUGUAAGUUAGAGGAGAUGACUCAUCCUGCAUUCAUCUUGCAAAGACUAGCCUGCGUCCCAAAUGGCACCCUAUUCCCUUUAGUGCACUACUUUUGACCAGGGCCCUAUGUUUAACUUGGGUCAAAUGUUUCGGGUAGCCUUCCACAAGGUGAAUUUUGGCCCAUUCCUCCUGACAGAGCUGAUGUAACUGAGUCAGGUUUGUAGGCCUCCUUGCUCGCACACGCUUUUUCAGUUCUGGCCACAAAUUUUCUAUGAGAUUGAGGUCAGGGCUUUGUGAUGGCCACUCCAAUACCUUGACUUUGUUGUCUUUAAGCCAUUUUGCCACAACUUUGGAAGUAUGCUUGGGGUCAUUGUCCAUUUGGACAACAAACAUAAUGAUGGUCAUUAUGGCCAAACAGUUCUAUUUGGUUUCAUCAGACCAGAGGACAUUUCUCCAAAAAGUACAAUCUUUGUCCCCAUGUGCAGUUGCAAACCGUAGUCUGGCUUUUUUAUGGUGGUUUUGGAGCAGUCUUCUUUGCUGAGCGGCCUUUCAGGUUAUGUCAAUUAUAGGACUCGUUUUACUGUGGAUAUAGAUACUUUUGCACCUGUUUCCUCCAGCAUCUUCACAAGGUCCUUUGCUAUUGUUCUGGGAUUGAUUUGCACUUUUUGCACCAAAGUACAUUCAUCUCUAGGAGACAGAACGCGUCUCCUUCCUGAGCGGUAUGACGGUUGCGUGGUCCAAUGGUGUUUAUACUUGCGUACUAUUGUUUGUACAGAUGAACGUGGUACGUUCAGGCGUUUGGAAAUUGCUCCCAAGGAUGAACUAGACUUGUGGAGGUCUACAAUCUUUUUUUCUGAGGUCUUGGCUGACUUGAUGUCAAGCAAAGAGGCACUGAGUUUGAAGGUAGGCCUUGAAAUAGAUCCACAGGUACACCUCCUAUUGACCCAAAAUGAUGUCAAUUAGCCAAACAGAAGCUUCUAAAGCCAUGACAUCAUUUUCUGGAAUUUUCCAAGCUGUUUAAAAGCACAGUCAACUUAGUGUAUGUAAACUUCUGACCCAGGGGAAUUGUGAUAGUGAAUUAUAAGUGAAAUAAUCUGUAAACAAUUGUUGGAAAAAGUACUUGUGUCAUGCACAAAGUAGAUGUCCUAACCAACUUGCCAAAACUAUAGUUUGUUAACAAGAAAUUUGUGGAGUGGUUGAAAAAUUAGUUUUAAUGACUCCGACCUAAGUGUAUGUAAACUUCCGACUUCAACUGUAUCUGCAUGGAAGCAAAAGGGUUCUCCUAUGGGGACAGCCGAAAAAUCAUUUUGGAACCUUUUUUCUAAGAGUGGACCGUUGUCCCUUGACAAAUUUAAUGUUGGCAAAAACAGAACUCAGUUUUGCUUUAUGGAGGACAGUUAUCACUAGUAUGGAGGGAAAUUUGUUUUCAUCGUGUUCUUUCUUUCUCACACUCUCUGUAACACUCUCUCUCACACACACACUAAAAGUCUCUUUCUCUAAGUCCUGUUAGGUGUUGUAGAGUAGCUAACAUUUUUGAGACCAUUGGUGAUGCAUCAGAGCCCCACCUGUUAUAGUUUUGAUUUGUUGACUGUUUUGCAUGUUAUUUUGGCAUUAAUACGUGUCACAUAUCAGUUUGCAAGCAAUGUAAAAAAACAACAAUAAUUGAGUUAAUAAAGCUGCAUAUAAA